AUGUAUGCAGAGGAGAUAACAGACUGCGGAAACAGCUCCCGCACUGUCCAAGACCAUGUCCUUUUCGAGUUCUGUUCUGAACUUGGUCGCCAAGUCGGUGGUAUCUAUACCGUCCUUAAAUCAAAGGCACCUUAUACUAAGAAAGAGUACGGGGACCGUUACACUUUAGUUGGACCUCUAGUCCCCCAGUCGGCUUCCAUCGAAGUUGAGGAGCUGAAGCCGCCAACUCCAGAGUUAUCGGCUGCAAUCGAAGCUAUGGAGAAGCGGGGAAUCACAACACUCUAUGGCAGAUGGCUGAUUGAAGGGUCACCACGUAUACUGCUUCUGGAUACCGGGGAUGUCCACGAGUACCUGGAUCAGUGGAAGGAAGACUUUGCCCGCGUAGCCGACAUCUCGUCGCCGUUCCCCGAAGACGACGAACUGAUUAAUGAAUCCAUCUUAUUUGGGUACUUAACUUCUUGGUUUAUUGAAGACUUCGCGAGAUACGAAACUCAAAGAGUAAUUAUCACCCAUUUCCACGAGUGGCCAGGCGGUCUUGCAUUGCCUUUGAUCAAGGAGCGCCGAGUCGACGUCACAACCAUCUUCACAGCGCAUGCUACUGUGCUAGGGAGGCAACUCUCCCGCAAGGGCAUUGACUGGUAUGACACGUUUGAGACCCUCGACAUCGAAGAGGCAGCGAGGAAAAUUGAGCAUUACCACUGGCACUGUCUUGAAAAGGCAGCAGCCCAGUCUUGUCACCUCUUCACAACUGUUUCCCAGAUCACCUCCCAGGAGAGUGAAUUUUUUCUCCAACGAAAGCCCGAUGCUGUCCUGCCCAAUGGCUUGAACAUUGGCCAGAUGACGUCGGCCAAUGAGGCCGAGACUCUGCGCCGCACCUCAUCGAAGCGCAAACUCCAAGACUUUGUGCGGUGCCACUUUUACGGACAUCUUGAUUUCGAUCUAGAAGAGACCCGUUUCUUCUUCCUCGCUGGGCGGUACGAGUUCAGAAACAAAGGUGCUGAUAUCUAUAUCGACGCCCUCGCGGGUCUCAACCAGCGACUACAGGCAGAAGGAAGUUCUACGACAAUAGUUGCCUUUAUCAUCAUGCCAGCCGAGACAACAUCUAUCCUAACCGAAACCCUCAAGGGCAAAGCCGUUGUCAAAUCUCUUCGGGAUUACCUAGCAGAAAUCAACAGAAGCAUUAGCGAUAAGCUCUUUGAGAAAUCGCUGCAGUGGAAAGAAGGGGACACGAUCCCUACUCAACUAGAACUCAUUACUGAACAGGACAACCUUGAGCUGCAGCGGCAUCUGCUGCAGAUGCAACGGGUCGAUCUCCCGCAAAUCUGCACGCAUAACCUCGCCGACAGCGAUAGUGACCCGAUUUUGGAUCGCUUAAAGAAAGUUGGUCUACGGAAUGGGCCAGAAGAUCGGGUCAAGGUUGUCUUUUAUCCUAGCUUUCUGAAUUCCUCUGAUCCAGUAUUGCCCAUGAACUACUACGAGUUCAUCCGUGGAACCGACCUCGGCGUGUUCCCCUCAGUUUAUGAGCCAUGGGGAUACACUGCCGCUGAAUGUGUUGCCAUGGGCAUCCCGAGCGUUACGUCGAACGUGUCUGGGUUCGGAUUGUACGUGAAGGAGUUACUGGGGGAACACACGUCUGACUAUGGUGUCUACAUUGUUGACCGCCGCUCUCAAGACUAUAAGAACUCGGUCAUGAAAAUGACAGAUUUCAUGCACACAUACUGUGAGAUGACCUGCAGAGAGCGGACUAGUCAACGACACCUCACAGAAGACUUAGGUGAGAUCCUGGAUUGGGAGCACCUCAAUGUCGAGUACAUAAAGGCCCGGCGAGCGGCCCUACAAUUGGGAUACCCGGAGCAGAUUCCCGCUGAAGAAGAGGCUAGUAGCGACGAGGAUGAGCUGUGGAGCCCGGCCUUGAAUUUCGGGAGUGUUAAUCUCAGUCCCUCCCUCUGGAGCUUCGCCAAGAGGUAUACUCCCAAGUCUUCUUCUCCACGCGGCUCUCCCGCGGCAAAAGGGCAAUCGACCGAUUGGAUCGCGUCAGGAUCAAGCCCGCUCCAAACGCUCGCUUUAGCUAUUCUCGAAACGUGUCGCCGUGCACACGAGGAGAUUGGAGAUAGUUGGAUCAGCCAGAUUCUUUUUAGCUUUGAAGACCCUGAGACCAUGCUCCACACACUGACAGCCUUGCCUCCUAAAACCCUCUCCAAGAUCCGCCACUUACGCAUUGUGGGAGAUACGCUCAUGCUGUCGUAUGAUGAGGAUGACGUUUAUUAUCGUCUUUCUUCUACCUUGAAGCUCCUCCCCGGCCUUCGCCUUGACGUUCUCACGGUCCUAGGCCUCCGAGUACAUACAGUUAGUUACGAAACUCUGGACGGUCUCAUAAGCAACAGCUGUGGCUGGAAGGAACUCCGGUAUAUCUGUCAUAGCUCGGAAACACUGGGUUUUGCUCGGUAUGAGCAUCAGUCCUUUUCGCUGGAGGACCAGAUGUGUAGAUACUGGCGUAAGCCUCAACCAGCGCACUGGCAACGUGUUUUGGACGAUAGGGAUGGCGCUCUAUCGAGACCUUUAGUUGUCAUCUAUCGUUCGACCAUCCCUGACAGUCCCGGUUCCGUCACUAAUCCAACAACACGGGUACGAUUCGAGCAGAAAACAUCCGAAGACACGCAAGCGCCGGAAACCUUCGGCAUAGAAAUAGAUAAGGAGCUAAUGGCGGAUGGAGAGAGGGGAAAGGAGAUCAUGGUCCUUGCCAAGAGGGGGUUCGGUGUGGAUUAUGAAGAAAAGAAAAAUUCGCCCUUCUUACCCAGUGACAUUUGCCGGGAUAUGCCAGGAAAGAGUUGGAAGGAAAUCCAUUACGAGUGCUACGAACGCUUUCGCGAGAUGUAUGAUGAUUCGAUAUCGGGUUCUGACGAAGACGACGGCGUCCCUGUAAAGAUGGAUUCGUAUGAGAAUGUGGACGACUACGUGUGGCCUCCCUUGCACUUCAUAGAGGAGUGA